AUGGCAUCCAAAAGAGGAUCGUCUAGUGACCAGGGCCCGUCGGAGACUAAGAAGGUCAGAAAAGGUAUCACUGGCAAGGAUGCAAUCAAUGAUUGUCCUGGGCGGUCAUCUGACCCGUCGACCUUUAUUGAGACAGAGGGCAACGAGCAGAAAACGGCCGCAUACGUAGGCUAUUCACAGGUCGCUCACCUCAGACAGUUGGUCAUCAGUUGGCCGUUGAUGAAAUCUUACCCUCGAUUCGAUGCCGUUUGCCGUGGGCUAUCUCGAAAAAGUGCUUUCCUACUGAUUCUCAGCAAUGAGGAUGCAUACACAGGCGUGAAGCCCGACCAAAAAUGGCCGCUCGGUGACAAUCCUGACAGUACUAUUCGAUCUCGCCACAUUGCAGCAAUUCUUCUUGACGUUGAAAAAGACUUGAAGGACUUUCGCUUCGCGCCCGCCACAAACGCUUCCAAAAACUCCCGGUUUCGAAAUGAGUUUACACAAAAAUACCCUGAUCUCACAAUUGCCACAUACAACCGGAAAUGCCCUCCCCCAGAACUGGGCCCCCUCGAGAAAGAACAUAGACUAGAGUCGAUCAACAGAUGCUGGGCUCUGUUGAGGUAUAUGAGGAACUGCAUUCAGUCUAAAUGCUGGGAUUCACGAUUUGGCAACGAUGGAGUUACCGUUAAGGUAUCUGUCGCACCUUCUCACAUCCCCGGGUGGAUGAGAGCAGCAGACACCCUUAACCCUCCCGAAAUCGCACCGCAAGGAGAAGUAGCGACUGCAGACAAUGCCACACCGAUUGUGGUUACAGUCGUCUGGGAACGGACCAAAAAGUUUGUUGGCUACGACGAGCUCAUGACCGUGCUGGAGACAGCGGAAGAGAAGGAAAUCACCAUUCCGGAUGAUAUCUAUCAGCUACCCACCAAUGCAGAUCCCAGACUCUUCAAAACAAUAUUCCAAUUCAAAGACUGUCUUCGGCGACUGUACCGUUGUCCAGAAAUUGGCAUGGACAUCAGAAGACUUCACUUACAGUAUACCAUCACGUCCAGCGAGGAACAGAGAAUGGUCAACAUCCUUAUCGGGGACUGGGACAAAACUCUUUCUAUCUUUGACAACAAGGAUUUCAGCAGCUUCACAGUGAAAGUCCUUUUUGCCGCCGUCGAAGACAACAGUGUUUCGCUCUUCGAAAGCUUCGAGCCGUUGCCGGCUCUCGCCUCCUUUUUCACAACCGCGGAGUCUGAUGUCACUGUCAAUGUUCAGAAUGUGAACAAAAACUUGAUUGAAUACCUCGAGAGUAUUCCGGCGAGCAACUCCGAUGAGGUCGGGCUUCCACCAGAGCCAAAGGCCUUCGAUAACAAGAAUGAUUUCCUUGCAUAUUACAGUGGUUUCGAUGUCGAGACUGAGGAGGGCAAGAGAAGUUUCCAACUCAAAGUCCUUUCCAAUCUGAGUGGCAAUGCAAAUUCAGCGACGGUGACACAGGAAAAGCUCCCUAGAGAUUUGGCAAAUGCUGAUCGGCAGAUCAUCUCAAACAUUCAGGAAGCUAUUCGUCAUGACUCUAUCGAGGAAGAGUCAUAUGAUGAAAAGAAUGACAAAUUGAUGCAAGCUCAGUACUACACGAUGCAACGAGCAUUUUCUGGCACACAGCGUCGUGCUGGACCACCACUAGACGUUUGUAUGCGCCUUUUACUUGCUACGAAACAGCCGAACGGGCUUUACAAGUCCGAGCUUCUGAAAGACUUUGUCAAAUCGGAGCUCUACAACUACCAACUCUGUGGAGCUGUCGGUGUGGUUUUGAAGCUAUACGGCUAUGUAGAUGCGGAACUGUUACUCGCCGGUACCGGACAGCUAGACCAUCCUCAAGCGGCUGAUGUUCGUGUUGCUGCUAGCCAGCUCAGAGAUAUCUGCAUUCAUGGUGCACUACUGGCCGAUGAAACAGGGUUCGGCAAAACAAAGCAAGCUCUGCUUGCCGCAGUUUUACACACGUUUCUUUACACGGAAUUUGAUGACGACGGCGAACAGUGUUACAGACCGAUACUAAUUGUUCUGCCUCCAACCUUGAUCCGACAGUGGGCUGUUGAAAUAUUCAAUGAAUGGCCUCUGUUUCGGGUGUUUCUUUCUUACGAAGAUAUGACGCUACGGUCGAGUGUGGAUAUUGAUCAAAUCCCGCAUAUUGCUAUGCGCUAA